AUGCAGCUGGACACGUUUCGAAUCGAGGAGGACCUUCUGCAGAUGAGUUUCAGCUCAGUGGAUGACGCUGCCUCCAGUGCUGCCGUCUGGGCGCUUUACAAGUCUGGAGAUGGCUGCGUGCCGGAAGCACGGGCGGUGCGAAACAUCACCAGCAUUGAGGCAGACUGGCAGCGAAGAGACAAUGUGCUGUUCAUACUAGACUGGGACGACACCAUCUUCCCAACGACGUGGCUCACGGCGAAGCCCUGGUAUCGGACAUGGAUCCGGGACAAGGGCUCGCUGGAAAACGUCGAACUUGAUCUGGAAACCGUGGCCGCACUUGAUGCGCUGGAUGCAGCGGCUUACGAGUUUCUCGCUUGUGUCAGCAGGGUUGCCACACCAGUCUGCAUCACUUUAUCCCAAAGACCAUGGGUGGAGAUGUCGAUGAAGGCUUUCCUGCCCCGCUUGGCUCGAUUCUGGGAGGAAGUUGGAAUCUCCGUGCAUUAUGCAGUCGAGGAAUAUGUUGCCACACCCACAAGGCAAGGCUUCUGGUGCCAGAAGCCGAGUGGGGCUGGCGGUCUGGAAGGCACCGUGCUAGAGCUUCACAUGCGCUCCAAUCGCAAGCGCAAGGUUAUGGAGCGUGUCUUGCGGCGGUUUUACCGGAAAAACAACAACUGUUGGUUGCAUGCCGUCAGCAUUGGCGAUGGCUUGGCGGAAAGGGAUGCUCUGCAGGAGAUUUCAAUGUGCCACCAAAACCCUCGAAACCCAGAGUCUGGUUCUAGCAGCAGAUUUUGUGUGAAGACCAUCCAAAUGCUUGAAGACCCCAGCUGUGAUCAUCUCCAGACCCAAUUGGAGGUCCUCAAGACAUGGACACAAGUUGUUAUGCACAGCGAUGAGGUCCCCUGGGAAGAGGAGCAACAACGUUUUAUGCCAUCUGUAUGCUUUCGAAAUGGACAGAUGAUCCGGUACCGGGGACGUCGCUUCAUCGAGGAAUUCCGGAGCAUGCUGAGCAAUUCCGGCGGGGUCUUCAUGUACCUGGAGCUGGAGGAGAAACCUCCUGCAGAUCCAAAGAAGCCCAACCCACCAGAGACGGCGGAGUUGACGAGGCAGUGCUCGGGCAGUGCCUGGAUCGACCUCCGGAGCCUGAUUGCUCCUGGAUCCUGCCGAGUGGAGACGGUCUGUACCCUCGAGGGGUCAGACUUGCUCCAAGGUGCCGGAACCUUUUUGCGUUUGUCGGUGGAGCUGAGCUUUGAUGUGACACCAGCAGAGGGUGAGGACAUGAAGGUUCAUCCUAGCAGUCUCCUUCCUCAGCGAAGUGGUCCUAGCAAAUUUUCAGCAUCGGAUGGUGCUGCUACAUCCUUCCUCGAGGCUGUGGAGCGUGGCUGCGAGACCAUCUUUAGAGACUGCUCAAAGAUUUCCAGCGUGGAAGAAGCCGUGACGCAGCUAAAGGAGGUCAACAGCUAUGAGGAUGUGAAGCAGGGCCUGCGCGAGUCGAUUAUUCGUGUUUUCCGCGAGCGCUUGCGCAAGGAGACCUCGGCGAUUCCCGGCAGGCCGUUGCGGGGUAAAGCGCGAGAAGACUUCAUCUCCAACGCGUAUUCCUAUUUGCAGCUGACCACGGCAGAAGUUCUGGCUAAACUACAUCCUUCGCCCGACGCAACAGAUGAGGUCUCAGACGCGACCAAAGAAGGUGCUAGGUUGGGGCGACUGGCGUAUGAGGCGGAGCUGGUUGGCAACUGGGACCGUGCAGCGGAGCUCCUGCAGAACCGUUUCCUGCUUGCGCAGGACCUUCGCAGCGACCCCUCCGAGUGGGUGGCCUUUGCCAAGUUCUGCGCCAGAAGAAGGGGUCGACAAGCUGCUGCUGAAGAGGCUCUCUGUCAGGCAGCGAAGCUCAUGGGAUCUGGCAAGGACGCGCCUCCCGAGCUUCAGCUUGAGGUGGAGCUCUUCCUGGCAUGCCUUGUUUUGGAACGUGGCCGGUACGAAGAGGCAAUCACGACUUUCCAGGCGAAAGUGGACAAGGACUUUGCGAACCCGAUGUUUCGCUUUCUUCUGGGUCUUGCACUUUUUUUGCGAUGCAGAUUCGAUGAGGGCCGAGCCUACCUCGAGUCAGCUGGCAAGCCCCGUGAAUGGUUCAAGGGCCUUCCAGAUGAGGCGGCUGUCGUCGACAAGCUGAAGGCCUUUCGGAAAACGGACGGGCCACCCAACCUGCCUCAGCUGGCUGGCUUUCUGGACAAGCUUCUGAGCUUCGGGCUUCCUAGCCUGGUCUUCACCUUCCUUGACCAGACCAGCCUGCUGUCAGAGGAGAGCUUGGCGAGUGAAAGCAUGGUCUUGGUUGAUGCCAAGGCACUGGCUUUGGACCGGGACCUAGCGGGCGCUGUCGCACGUGUCGAGCCGCUGUUGUCCUCAGAAGCAACGUCCUACGAGGUCUGGAAGCUUGCCGGGGAGUGCUACGUACAACUCCAAGACUUCGACAAAGCGCUGCAGGCCCUGCAGACUGCGCUUGCCUUCGAUGACGGGGUAGAAGACCCCGUGCUGCAUAUUCGAUUAGGCUCUGUGCUGCUCGUCAAAAAGCGCUGGAAGCAGGCUCGAGAUGCUUUCCUGCGAUCAAUCCACGCGACAUCGACGGCAGAGGCAUGGAGUGGUGUGGCUUACGCAGAAUUCCGUUCGGAUGAGUUGUCCACUUGCUAUGAGGCGCUGUGCGAGGCAAAUUUGCUCGACAACGAGCGGACUGAUGUCUGGGCGCUACUUUGCUUGGUACACCUGCGAAACGAGAAUUGGGACGCUGCUGACCAUGCUUGCAGGCAAUGUCUUAGCCUCCAGCCCGAUUGCGAAGAGCUGCUCCUCGAGGUGGCCAUGGAGUUGCAGCGCAAGGAGAGGCAAAUGUGUCUGGCGGAGGUUUGUGCAAGAAGAGCUUUGGAGAGCAAGGACUCGGGCCAGGGCCACAGCGUGCUGGCAGACGUGUUGGCGCAGAUGGGCAAGGCCGAGGCUUCGGUGCUGGAGGCGCAGGUCGCCCUGAAGAUGUUGGCAGAUCAGCCAGAGAUCCGCAAGGUGAUCUUCUCAAAGGCUCUGAAGCUCUGUCAGGAGCUGGAGGAUGCGCCUCUGACAGAGGCCCUGCACGCCUGCCAAAAGUUGGCGGAC